AUGGUCCAUCCCCUUCCGUACACGGUGGUGUGCCAGGGCCUUGCUGGCACUGGGCCCUUCGAAUGGGAGCUCGGGGCCAAAGGAUGGUUCUUGGGGAGAGCAUACCUCUCACUCGGGGCUCUCCACCUCCCCCUUUGUCCCUCACAGCUGGUCAAACUCUGCAGUGGGAUGAUCGAGGCCGGCAAGGUCUACAUUACCACCAACAAGCACUUUGUCAGUGGUGUCCGGGACCUGUCCCAGCAGUGCCGCAAUGAUGAGGUGGUCUCGGAAUGUCUACAGAAGUUUGGAGACAGUCUUCAAGAAAUGAUUAACUAUCACAUGAUCCUGUUUGACCAGGCCCAGCGGUCAGUGCGGCAGCAACUCCAUAAUUUUGUCAAAGAUGACGUUAGGAAAUUCAAAGAAACAAAGAAGCAGUUCGACAAGGUCCGAGAGGACAUGGAGAUGUCUCUGGUGAAGAACGCACAGGCGCCCCGACACCGGCCGCACGAGGUCGAGGAGGCCACUGGCGCACUGACCCUCACCCGCAAGUGCUUCCGGCACUUGGCUCUGGACUACGUGCUCCAGAUCAACGUGCUUCAGGCUAAGAAGAAGUUUGAGAUCUUAGAUGCGAUGCUGUCCUUCAUGCACGCGCAGUACACCUUCUUCCAGCAGGGUUACAGCCUCCUGCAUCAACUGGACCCCUACAUGAAGAAGCUGGCCGCAGAGUUGGACCAGUUGGUGAUUGACUCGGCAGUAGAGAAGCGGGAAAUGGAGAGGAAACAUGCCCUGAUCCAGCAGAGGACUUUGCUGCAGGACUUCUCCUAUGAUGAAUCCAAGGUGGAGUUUGAUGUAGAUGCUCCCAAUGGUGUGGUCAUGGAGGGCUACCUCUUCAAGAGAGCCAGCAAUGCCUUUAAGACAUGGAAUCGGAGGUGGUUCUCCAUCCAGAACAGCCAACUGGUCUACCAGAAGAAGCUCAAGGACGGACUGACUGUGGUUGUGGACGAUCUCCGGCUCUGCACUGUGAAGCCAUGUGAGGACAUCGAGCGGAGGUUUUGCUUCGAGGUGGUCUCCCCUACAAAGAGCUGCAUGCUCCAGGCUGACUCAGAGAAGCUCCGCCAGGCCUGGGUGCAGGCGGUCCAGGCCAGCAUUGCCUCGGCGUACCGGGAGAGCCCUGACAGCUACUACAUCGAGAGACUGGACCGAACGGCAUCCCCGUCCACCAGCAGCAUUGACUCCGCCCCAGACACCAGGGACCGAAGCAGCAAGGGCGAGAGCAUCCUCCAGCGGGUACAGAGCGUGGCGGGCAACGGGCAGUGCUGUGACUGUGGGCAGCCCGACCCCCGCUGGGCCAGCAUCAACCUGGGCAUCCUGCUGUGCAUCGAGUGCUCGGGCAUCCACAGGAGUCUGGGGGUCCACUGCUCCAAGGUCCGGUCCCUGACAUUGGACUCCUGGGAGCCAGAGCUGCUGAAGCUGAUGUGUGAACUCGGGAACAGCACCGUGAACCAGAUCUAUGAGGCUCAGUGUGAGGAGCUGGGGCUCCAGAAGCCAACAGCUUCCAGCUCCAGGCAGGACAAGGAAGCUUGGAUAAAGGUCAAAUACGUGGAGAGAAAGUUUCUGAAGAAGCUCCCAGGGGCGGGGGCUGAGGCCAUGGAGACGGGUGGCGGAGGAGAGCCCAAGCCGCGGCGGUGGAGCUCCAAGAAGUGCCGAAGGCACCACAGCUCUCCCCGGGUCCCCAGGAUGCGGCGCCAGCUCCGGCCAGAACCCGCCACCAUCUCCCCUGCGGCUCUGUCAUCAGCCAGCACUUUGGAGCGGAAGUUCCGACGUGAUUCUCUCUUCUGUCCCGAUGAGCUGGAUUCGCUUUUCUCCUACUUUGACACGGGAGCGGCUGGGGCAGGCCCAAGAAGUGCUGGCCACAUGUCUGCGCAGGCCCCCCCAGCAGCUGGUCAGUGGGACAGUGGCCUGGGCCCCGGGGGCACUGAGGCGUGCCUCCCGGCCGGAGGUCUGAGCAGCGACAGUGGCCUCGGAGGCAGCACAGACGGGAGCUCAGACAUCCUGGUCUUUGGCUCCGUGGUAGACAGUGUCAUGGAAGAAGAGGGGGAAGCAUCCGAAGACUCCAGCGGUGAGGGGGAGCGCGAGACCUGGGACCUCGAGGACGGCCGGGAAGUGCACCCGGGCCUGCUGGCCUACAGGGCGGCCCGAGCCAGAAACCUGCCCGUCCUGGCCGAGGCCCUGGCCCACGGGGCCGAGGUGAACUGGGUCAACGAGGAGGACGAGGGCAAGACACCGCUGAUCCAGGCGGUGUUGGGGGGUUCCUUGAUCAUAUGUGAAUUCCUUCUCCAAAACGGGGCUGACGUGAACCAAAGAGACAGCCGGGGGCGGGCCCCUCUCCACCACGCCACCUACCUGGGUCACACGGGACAGGUCUGUCUGUUCCUGAAGCGCGGGGCCGACCAACACGCGUUGGAUCAAGACCAACAGGACCCGCUGGCCAUAGCUGUGCAGGCUGCCAACGCUGACAUCGUCACUCUGCUUCGGCUGGCUCGGAUGAACGAGGAGAUGAGGGAAGCUGAGGGACCCCUUGGACAACCAGGUGAUACCACCUAUCUGGACAUCUUCCGGGAGUUCUCCCACAUGGCAUCCCAUCACCCGGAGAAACUCAACCGGCAGAGCCUCCAUGGCAGCCCCUCGAACCAAUAGCCUCUCCCUUCUCCUCCCCAGGGGGCCAGGCCAGGCCUUCGGCCUGAACUGUCCCUGCCUGGUUUUGUCUGCUUUUAGAGACCCAGGACGCAGGAAGGGAGGAAAGGGGAGAUGGUCUCCCUGUACCAUUCCCCAUCUCCAGAUUUUUGCCCACUAGUCUCGAGGCAGAGAAAAGGGGGAGAGAACUUGGGGCUCAGCCGGGCUGAGUCUGAUCUUUGCCCCUCGGCUUGUUAGGGGGUUCCAUAGGAGGGGGCUUGGGACCCCCAAGGAGGAGCAAACAGGCUCGAUCUUUUUUUAUCCUUGGGGCUGGAUGAGAUCUCUCUACCCUAGUCACUGAGCCCUGCAAGUGGGCGUCCAUCUCCUCUGGACCUGUGUCCCUUCUCAGCCCUACGGACGAGGCUCUCCUGGGGGCUAACACCCCGAGGAGACUCACGGCCCUGCUCAGGAGCAUUUCGGCAGAGCUCGGUCUCAUGCCCGGUGGCCACUGCCCUCGUGAGCACUCAGGGAGCCGGAGACGCAGCCCAUUAUAUUAUCUGUCCCCUUCUUUAGCCU